AUCACUUGCUCCUUGUCGUUGGUGGCAAUAUAAGUAGGAAGGUCUAGGAUACACAAUUAAUUUGCUAACUACGCAACAGUCAAAAACAAAAAGUGUAAGGUCGUCAGUCAUUUUACAAUAGUUAGUUUUGUCAUUAGGAAGCAGUUCCAAAGAAAUGGAAUCUCUACCCGUCACCUUAAUAGUGAAAGCUCCAAAUCAACAAAUAGAAGAUCAAAAAAUUCAGUGCGAGCUGUCAUGGACUAUUAACAAAUUAAAACAACACUUAUCAGAAGUUUACCCGAAUAAGCCUCCACAGCACGAGCAGAAACUUAUAUAUUCGGGACAACUCUUAUGUGACUCGUUAGUUUUAAAAGACAUUCUGAGACAGUACGAAGGACAAGAUACACACACAGUGCAUUUAGUUUGUACAUCGAACUACACAGGAAUGUCUACACCAAAGCAAGUGCCAGUUAACAGUUCAACUACUGAGCACCAAUGUAAUGAUAGAGCAAAUAAUAUGGCAAGUGGUGCUAAUAGCACAAGUAACAAUAUAUCCCCUGAAUCAACAGCAUCAUCGGAUAUGCGGGAUAACAGAGUUCCUAAUCUACCCUGGAUGAAUUUGAAUGCUCAACAAAUUCCUCAAAUGGAUUUAACACAAUAUCAAAUGCAGUUGGCAUGGAUGCAGCAGGCAUAUAUGCAGUAUAUGACCCAAUAUAUGCAAGUUGUUAGUGGUAAUAUACCCGCUGCAAUACCUGUGCCUCCAACUCAGACAGUACCCGAUAUUAAUCCUAAUCCAAAUGAAGGACUCAAUCAAGCAGAACAACCGCAACAACCACCCGUUGGGGUGCCGCGUGUCCCAGCAGCCAUGGCCGAGGACAAUCACGACCGCGAUUGGUUGGACAUAUUUUACAUGUUAAGUCGGGCAAUGGUACUGUUCAGCGUUGUAUACUUCUAUUCCAGUCCACUGCGUUUUGUUGCCGUUCUUUUCCUUGGUAUAAGUUUGUAUUUGUAUCAAGUCGGCUUCUUCAGAAACAUCAAUAACAAUAACAAUAAUAUUAAUGGACCACCAAAUCCAGCACCUCAAGAAGAACAAGCACCCACACGAUUCACAGUAGCGUGGACAUUUUUUACAACAUUCUUUGCAUCACUCAUUCCAGAAAUACCAAAUGCCAUGUGAGAUGUAACUACUGCGUGUGUGAUGGUAUAAAAGUUUAUAGACAUUAAUUUACUCCUUUCUUGUUCCACAAUAACAAAGUGGUUUUUUUGAUAUGGGAAUUUUUGGUAUUUUAAUAUACUUGAAAGUUUGUAUUCAAAGCUUUAUCGAUAGAAAACUUGUUAGUACCUGAUAUGAGACAGUACCAACAAAUAAUACACAGCAGAAGUUCCACUAUUUGGAAUUGAUAUUAGUUUACAGUACUAUAGGACGUGAGAUUCAUUCCCACUGGAGUGAAAGGGUUAUUUUUCAAGUACUAAACAAACGAGGUUCUGUCACAGUUGAUUUGAGUAAUGAAUUAAAUGCCUGAAAUGAUUAAGUUUCCUGCCUUAUUAUCUUAACAUGAUAUAUUCAAUGGGACCUUACACGCUGCAUUAUUUUGUUUCCAAUAAGUAACCAAAGGUGGUGGCCCUAAAAUUUUAUCAAAAUGUUAACCACUUGCAUUUAUUCCUAUACUGGGGUUUAUAUUAUUUGAACCAUUCACUUUUGUUUUCAUGUUUGGAACUUUUAUCUCUUUGGUAAAUUUUCAUAUUUGUUAAUAGUCGUGAUUAGAUUUCUUGUUAUUUUACUCACUCGUUGUAUGUCCACAUGGAUGUGACUGUAGUUUCUCAGAAUUUUCUUCCAGAUCUGUAUUAAAAGUAUUUUUAGUAUGUUUAUUUAAAAAAAAAUCUGUGUAGAUUGUAGUGUGUAUAUAUAUUUUAAAACAGCUUUAAAAACAAAUGUGAUUUAUCAUGAAAAAAUAAACACUUACAUUAAUAGAGAAAAAUUGUUUUUUUUUUAUCAUUCAAUAGUACUUUCUGUUUCUCUAUGGGAGUCACUUGAUCUGUAUUGUUUAUACAAUCUGGGAACGAAGUUCUGAGCUGCCUGUAUAAUUUCAAUUAUUUAUUAAAUAACAUCAAGAUCUGUUUUUAAG